GCUAUUACACGAGCAAUGAAGUAGAUUACUACAACAACACAUCUAAAGGAGCCUACGCAGCUAGCGGUGGCCAACAACGAGGCCAGUACCAGAACUACAACGGAGCUGGUGUUGCUGGUAAACAGGGACUACAGAAUUUUGCUGAUCCAUAUCAUCUGUAUGGAGCAGCAGGUGGUUCGCAGAAGGGAACCAGUGCUGGCGGAUCCAAUACUAUCGGAGCAAGCAACACGACUACCUACUCAACAGGAACUGAUCAAACUUCUGCAGCAAGUGGAGUACAACUAGGAGCAGCUGGUGCCAGAGGUGGCGCAGCUUCUACGACAGAUCCUUUAGCCUUUGCCAGUCCUUUGCCUCCGUUCUCGUGUGAUUUCCCGCUUACUUCGCCACCGAUUGGAAGUAACACGACCACGUUUUCCGGUGGUAGUAGCACUAAUGGAGGUGGC